UAUUUGUGAUUUGGACACACACUUGAAAGCUUCACAGACUGCGCAGAGAGAGAAACCAAUUUCCACAGGGACACUUUUAUGGUAUUCUUCAACUUUGUUGUCUUGGUUUUGUUGACAAUCCAGGAGUCCCCUUUGUGAAGAUGGACAUUUUUUCUAACAGACUGUGGAUGUUGGGUUUUCUAACUAUUAUUCACCAAGCACAAGCAUAUAUAAAUGGUAAUUUCCCACAAUCAUGUGACUCUAUGGAUGUCAUUCAUAAAACUCGCAUGGUUCAAAUACUUCCUCAAGACGGUCAUCCCCCAUUUAAAGUUCAAACUAUCAGAGCUGGACCUGAUUUACUAACUGUAACACUUCAAAGUAACACCGGUGAGAUGUUUAGAGGCUUUAUGCUGGAGGCUCGGAAUAAAACAAAUAAUUUUACUGUGGGUCAAUUUUUCAUCUUAGAGCCAAAACAAACCUUUCUUUUAAACUGUAGUAGUUUAAUUGGCUCAGCUGUCAGCCAAAAGACAAACACAGAAAAAAAAUCACUCAAAGUUAACUGGACAUCUAAAGUUGGAGAUGUUCAGGGUGUCAUAUUCAGAGCCACAUUUCUCAAGACAUUUGCAGAAUUUUGGCGACCAACUGAUUUUAAUGUGACAGUAGAAUCACCAAGUACAACGCCAGGUACCACAAAAACAAGUACAGAUACUACUACAGUGGCUACUACACUGACAACAACAGAAUGGACCACAAAAAAUAAAAUGAACAAUACAAUGCUCCCGACACAGCCAACAGAAUUUAAUACAAUGAUUACUACAAAACCAGAAGGGAGCACUGUUGCAAGUACUUCAAAUCAAUAUACCACUACAAAUAUCGCUAUGAAAAGUACUAAACUGCCUCACACAACAGAUGUUUUACCGUCAACUUCAACCAGUCAAAGCAGUACUCCCAGUACCAUCAACACAACCCAUGUAGACCCGCCGACACCAGAUGAAAGGACAGUUAAAAACACCGACACAGCUCUAAUGACAGCUGCUGUUUUUGUGACCUCAUUUGUUGAAUCUGUGCCUUUAAGUUUCCCCAAUAAUGCUAAAUAUCACAACAUCCAUCAGUGGAUUAGAAUACUUGGCUGUGUGGGGACCAUUUCACUUGCACUAUCUGCAUCAGUUCUGGUGGUGGUGGAGGAUUCCCUGAACAGCGUGAACAUUGGACUAGGAUUUGCAAUGACGGCGAUUGCUGGGAUAGCAAUUGGCCUACAAAUCUAUGUGUGUUUUAGGAUUGGACGAAGUCAUGAAUUAAAGGACUUUUUUGAUCAUUCUUUGAUGGUAUUAUUCAUCAUCCAGAAAGUCUUUGCAAUCAUCUUUAUUUACCUAUCUACUACACAAUGCCAACUCUGGAUUCUGGGAGUGUUAAUAUCCCUCACAGUAUGCAUUGGUCUGCAAAUAACAUGCAUUGUUAUCAUAAAGGUUCUUGAAGCCACUGGUGCCAAAAACAAAACAGGAAUGCAAACACCACAAGUGCGUAUUACUCUCACAAUCUCAAUAUUGUUCACUUUAGCUUUCUGUGUGGCCAUCAUUGUGGGAAUAUGUCAGUGUUAA